CUUUCACUGUUUCUCUGUCUCUCUCUCUCUAUCUCUCUCUCUCACACACACACACACAUUGAACAUGCAGAGGCAGUCUCUGGGCUCACCGAAUUCGAAGCUCCAUAGCCAUGGAGGAGUUGUUGGAGAGAAGGAAGAGAACCUCUCUGGAGAAGACCAGAAGCGUAAGGACCAAGCUUCGCUCACUGCCGACGACGACGAAGAUAACGACAAGUCACAGAAGCCUCUCAAAUCGCCUCCGAGACCUGAGAAAUUCAUUCACCUCAUUCCUCUUCUCACCGUCCUUUGCUUCCUCAUCCUCUACCUCUCCUCUCACGAUCCAUCUCAAAAAGAUUUGGCUCAGUUCAGGGGAUUUAAUCGAUUGUCGAAGUCAAUAGAUUCGACAGAGAUUGACGAUAUCGGACGAUUUUCGGAUAUCAAAAAAGGAGAUGUUUUAGCUAUUCGGAGCCUCAGGAACUUGCAGGAGAUCGGAAAACAUGCUACGAAAUAUCGCCUUCACCGGAAAAUCGGCUUCUUCUAGUUCGCAUUCUCUCUCUCUCUGUCUCUCUCUCUCUCUUUUCUAUCUCUCUGAGUUCACACAGGUGGAGACUCCGUCGGUGGAACUCGCACGUGAGAACUCAGAGGUACCAUUUUUUUCGCGCGUGUGGACAUGCGAUUGCGCAUGUAAAUUUGUUCUUUUGUGUACGCAGCUUGGCGCGUGUGCUCUCUGUGAGAAAAUUUCAUUUUAUUUUUAUACAGUAUAAUUCCAGAAUUAUUCUCACGAAAUAAUAAAAAAUAAAAAUAAAUAAAUAACAGUAGUACAUCAUGUGAGUGAAGGGUUGUACUCUGUGGUGGGUUUGGCUAACGUACGCUUCCAAAAUGCGCUGGCGUUGGUUGGAUUACAGCUGGAGGUUCAGGCCGUUAAUGAACCUCGUGGUGCGGUUGGGUUUGCCAACUGGAAAGUUCGAAUGCUUAGCUCUCCCUUUUUGUUAGUAUUAACUGCUUUGGGAAAACUUAUUGCUUCACCGAAGAAUGGAUACUUGACUUGUUCAGUAAUAAUAUACUAUUAUUUUUUAUAAAUUCAUAUGAAUUUAUAAAAUUAAAAAAUUAAUAUACUCUAAAAUUUCAAGUU